CGCUCGUCGAUGUUUUGUGUACAAACAACACAUCUCGCGUAUCAGACGGAGUGGUACGGGAAAAGUUCCGAUAAAACAGGUAAAUUAGGAAUAGAAAUCGUUGAUUAUGAACACAACUGGACCACGGGAGUUCAACCAGUAGAGGCUAGUAGUAGCCCAGCACCAUGAAAGUGUGCAAUCACAGUAGCCCGGUAGUGUUUAGUGUGAAUAGCGUGCAUUGAAAAUGGAACCACCGAGGGCGCUUUGGAGCGAUGAUGAAACGUUCGAUCUGCUGGACAUUAUCAAGCUGCAAAAUGUGAGUGAAGCGUUCCUGCUGGGCGAUCCAUCCCUACGCCACACACAUGAGGCGAUUUACAAGAGCAUCGCGAAGGAAAUGUGGUUACGCGGCUACAUCGACAAGCACGCGGACGAUGUGCAGCUGCGCUGGGAGAAACUGCUGCGGUGCUACCAUAAAGCGGUGCGCGUUGACGAUUGGACUAUUGCGGGGCCAUUCUACGAGGAACUGCACGAGCUGCUGAGUGAGGAACGGAAAAGCUGCCCGGGCGCCGAUCCGGCCCCGAAACCGAAAACCAUCGAAGAGCCUUGUGACAGCAAAUCGAGCGAAAUGAACGAGUCCCCCCAGGGUAGUACCAAGGGCAUGAUAACACGUAGAAAGAUCUUGAAAAGGAUUCAAAGCCAUCGCUACAAGGAGGAUGGCGCCUACUACAGAAAGUGCCGCGAGCUGAACGAGUUUGGUGCCACGCUUUAUGGACAGUUUUCGAAAAACAGAGACCACAAGUUCAAUGGGUUACUUGAUAAAAAUAGUAGCAACAUCAUAGCACAGUUCCGGCGGAUGGUCGAUGGGAAAAGUGUAGCCAAAAGAGCGACAAGCAAAGCUGCCGCAGCCGAGGACGCCAACGAUCAUCGGAACGGGGAUGAAGACUGUUCCUACGAAGUGGUAGUUAGUGAGUCUUAGCGUAUAAGUUAACAACUAGAUAAGAACAAUAUUAGAAGAAUCAUAACAGAAAUCAGCUGGAGACGCGGUGACAGUGCGAAGCGGCGGAUAAAUUCUGUUGAACGAACACUGAAAUCGAAAUUAUAAACCAGAAUCCAUCUUUAAAAAAAAUAGUGCGUUUAUGCAAGUUGA